CGACUUGAUACCGAAGCCUCGUGGAUUGAUUGUAUUGUAUGCUAUUAUUUAUUAUUGAUAAAGGAUUGAUUGUAUCGUUUGUUGAAGAAAGAAAGAAAGAAAGAAAGAAAGAAAGAAAGAGAAAAGAAAAUGAUUUUCCAAAGAAAGACGCAAUUUUUACUUUCGUCAAAUUUAGUUUUAUUUGGUUUAAAUAGGUCGCUGUCUUCUCUACAAGCCGUCUAUGGGGUCUGAUACAAAUCCUGUUAGGCUUCUCGUCCCAUGAUUAUUGCAGAUCAGGUCGCAACUACCACCAUUUCAACUCUUGAACUUUCUACCUCUUUUCUUCUUUCCUAUUCUAGGGUUUAUGCCCUCCAACUCCCAUGUCUUCUGCCCUUACCACUGCUUCUUCCUCCUCCUCCCCUCUUUCCUCUAAAUCUUGCUAUAAUUCCGACUGUAAGGAACUCAGGCCUGACCGCUCCAGAAAGGGAUGGCGUCUUCGCACCGGCGACUUUGCCGAACUCUGUGAUCGAUGCGCUUCUGCUUACGAGGAAGGAAGAUUCUGUGAGACUUUUCACUUGAAUGCUUCUGGUUGGAGGUGCUGCGAAUCCUGUGGAAAGCGGGUUCAUUGCGGGUGUAUUGUUUCAGCUCAUGCAUUCACCUUACUGGAUCCUGGGGGUAUCGAGUGCAUGACAUGCGCACGGAAGAAUGUAAUCUUACCACUAAAUCCAGCCUGGCCACCGUCUUUGCUUUUCCAUUCAGCUUUGCCCGACAGACUAAAAGAACUAUCUGUUAAAAAUUGGAGUCAGUUGGCUGGAUCAGGUCCUGUACCAUGGCGCCAAGCUCCCAGUAUGUUCAAUUCUUCUCUCCCUUCUGGUGAAUUGCAUCACAGAGCACCUUAUGAAGUUGACAUAUCAGCUGCACUUAACAAACUCAAUACUAGCGAAAGGUUGCCUGUAUCUUUAGAAAAAAGAAAAAACGAAGACUUCUCUGAAAGGUUCUUGAAUGGGAGCCUGAAGCCUUGUGGGCAGGAUUUAUGUGAAAAUGGGACUGCAGGAGGCAUUAAAUGUGAUGACAAACCUAGCUCAUGUUCUAAUAUGCCGAAACAGUCUAGCUUUGUGAAGGAGGAUUCAUCUACUAUGCAAUAUGGUUUGAAUAUACCUUAUGCACCUCCAAAUGAACCAAGUGCUCGGGGUAGGAUUUCUGGAACUCAUUUGAGACCAACCCCACUAUCUUCUCUUCCAAAGCAGAUCCAUACCAAUUUGCAAAAUGGUGCUGACUCGUCUAACGAAACACAGCUGCGCAAUGGAAGGCCUAGAGGAGAAUCACGUGGAAAGAAUUAUUUGCUUCCGCGAUACUGGCCUAGAUUUACCGACCAAGAGCUACAACAAAUAUCUGUCGACUCGAAUUCUGUAAUUACUCCAUUGUUUGAGAAAAUGUUGAGUGCUAGUGAUGCUGGGCGGAUUGGGCGGUUGGUGCUUCCUAAAAAAUGUGCAGAGGCCUAUUUUCCAUCAAUUUCCCAGCCCGAGGGAUUGCCUCUAAAAGUACAAGAUGCAAAAGGAAAGGAAUGGAUAUUUCAGUUCCGUUUCUGGCCUAACAACAAUAGCAGGAUGUAUGUUCUUGAGGGGGUUACUCCUUGCAUACAGUCCAUGCAACUGCAAGCAGGUGACACAGUGACAUUUAGUCGGUUAGAGCCAGAAGGGAAGCUGGUAAUGGGUUUCAGAAAGGCCUCAGCUACAGCCGACCAGGAAAAUGAAACAAACAAGACCAAGAAUGGAGCUCCUGUACAUGGAGAUGUCAGUAAUAUAAAAGUUAAAGCUGAACUGGCUGAUCCUAAUUCGUGGACAAAAGUUGAUAAGUCUGGAUACAUAGCGAAAGAGGUCUUGGGUGCUAAACCUUCAAUUUCUAGAAAGAGGAAAAACAGUACCCUAGGUUCUAAGAGUAAGCGCCUUAGAAUUGACAAUGAGGACAUGAUUGAGUUGAAGAUAACUUGGGAAGAAGCUCAAGGAUUGCUUCGGCCUCCUCCAAACCAAGUUCCAAACAUUUUGGUCAUUGAAGGGUUUGAAUUUGAGGCAUAUGAGGAGGCACCUGUACUUGGGAAGCCAUCAAUUAUACCACCUGAUAAUACAGGCGAAAGGAUUCAAUGGACGCAAUGUGAAGACUGUUUGAAGUGGCGAAAAUUGCCAGCUAGUGCUCUUCUUCCCUCAAAAUGGACUUGUUCUGACAACUCAUGGGAACCUGAGAGAUCUUUUUGCUCAGCGCCUCAAGAGUUGUCAACCGAGCAGCUAGAAGAACUACUUUCCCCGGGUAAUUCAGUUGCUCCUGUCAAGAAAAUGAAGGCUGCCAAACUAGAACCAGAUAAUGUUGAAGCUCUGGAAGGACUUGACACUCUUGCAAAUUUAGCCAUCUUAGGAGAGGGUGAGGCAAGCCAGACACCUGGCCAAGCAACCACAAAGCACCCUCGCCAUAGACCUGGAUGCUCAUGCAUAGUAUGCAUUCAACCACCAAGCGGGAAGGGACCAAAACAUAAGCAGACAUGCACUUGUAAUGUGUGCCUGACAGUAAAGCGUCGGUUUCGAACAUUAAUGCUUCGACGAGAAAAAAAGCAAUUUGAAAAGGAAGCAGAAACUAUGCGCCAAAGGCAUAAAUUUCAGGAUGAAAUGUUCCCGGAUAGAUCAAUGGACGAAGAAUCUCUUACUUGCAGUAAUACAAGUACAAGUAAGCUUAUGGAGGAAGGAAAAAUGAAUGAUGGCUCUGAUGAGGAUCCUAAUAGAAACAAGCCAUCCACUUCACCUUUUAAAGGCCAGAUUGAUUUGAACAUGCAGCCCGAGCGGGAGGAAGAGCUGUCACCAGGUUCUGAUUCUGGAAGCAUGAUGAAAAUGCUUCAAGAUACUGGGGACAGGUUUCUUGAGCAGCAGAGGUCGAACUCCGGUGGUACUCGAAGUUCAUCAAGCGAUCCGUUAGAACCUGGAGGGGAACGCGAACACAAAGGUGAGAGUAGUAGCAAUGUCAUUGAUCUCAGUAGCAACAAUUUAGACGCUGACAAGGACCAUCCUGCAACCUUGUCCUUGAAUCCAUCGGCGUCCAUGUCAACCACAGGUUGAAUUAAAACAUUCUACUUAGAUGCGGGCACUUCAUAUAUACAUUGCAUUGGUGGGUCAGUUUUUGUUGUACAUUCAUCCACGCUGGCCUUCAUCAAAGUUGCAAAUCUGUACAUAAAGAGGGUUCAGACACAACCACCCUUAGUUUUAGAUGACAGCGGAAUGUUGAGCAGAUAACUAAUGAAAUCUCUUAUUUAAUCAACCAUUUUAAAUUUGGAAAGUGUUGAAUGAAUACUUCAUGCACAAUUAUUAACAGGUGAAGUUGAUUUUCAGCACUAUUGAAAUGGAAACUGGUUUUCAUGAAGUUUGGCU